GCCCACUCACCAGCAGCAGCCCCCUUUAACCAAUCCCUGAUUUCGUCACUUGCUCUGUAAAUCUGAGUCGGAAUCGCCGUAUACAGGGGAUAUAGUACUAUAUUCCAUCCAUGGCCAGCACGGAGCCUGAGCACGAGCGCAGGGAGGAGGAGGAGGAAGCGGCAGCAGCGGAUGAUGAAGACACUGGAGCACAGAUUGCUCCCAUUGUUAAGCUUGAAGAGGUGGCUGUCACCACCGGGGAGGAAGACGAAGACGCCAUCAUCGACUUGAAGUCGAAGCUUUAUCGGUUUGAUAAGGCAGGAAAUCAGUGGAAAGAGAGAGGCGCCGGAACAGUCAAGCUCUUGAAGCAUAAGGAAACGGGAAAAGUCCGUCUUGUUAUGCGCCAGGCAAAGACGCUUAAGAUUUGCGCUAAUCAUCUCAUCAUUCCAUCAAUGACAAUUCAGGAACAUGCUGGAAAUGACAAGACUUGUGUGUGGCAUGCCACAGAUUUUGCAGAUGGUGAACUGAAAGAUGAGCUCUUCUGUAUUAGAUUUGCAUCCUUGGAGAAUUGCAAGACCUUCAGGGAGACAUUCAAAGAGGUUGCUGAAUCUCAGACUAAGAAAGAGGAAAACAAAGAUGCAUCUGAUGCUGCUGGACUGCUUGAGAAGUUGAGCGUUGAAGACAAGAAUGAUGACGAGAAAAAUGAGGACAAAAAGGAUGACGAGAAGAAUGAGGACAAAAAGAAUGACGAGAAAAAUGAGGAGACUGCGAAGAGGGAUGCGACUGAAGAUGCAGGUGAUGGUAAGACAUCUACUUAGAAAGAAAAACGACCGUUAUGUUAUCUUUUCAACUUGGCGAGGUUUGUUGUGUCACAUCGUUCUAAACCCAUUGGGUAGGAACAUACGAUGAGUCGGGUCAAAUGGUAAGGCAAUAUUAGUAGCUUUUGGAGAGUUUGGGGGAGAUUUCCAUUCCAUCCCGGGCGAGUCUUUUUGAGUCUCUUUUUUAAGGUUCUUUUGUUCUGGUAAGUGUGUUUGCUCCUGUGGCUUUGGUUUGACAUUUUCUUAUUUGAUGAAAGAAGUUAUUGUUAUUGUUAAUCUGUUUUUGAAAAAAAAGGAUUAUGAUUUAGCUGUUUUUAUUUAUAUUGAAAUAUUGAUUGGCAUUAUAUCUGAUGAAUGCCAAAGGAUACCUGUUGAGCUAUGUUUUCAGAAUUUCAGCACACGAACAUUUAAUGUAAUGAGAUGUUUGUACGAAGUAUAAUUUGAAGGUCAAAGGGUGUGGUGU